GUGACGUCACGUGCAUACCCUCUGAAGUAGCGUCCUCAUUCUGGAGUACUGCUGUACUGCAUACUUAUCUGUGCGCAGCGCAGUGCGUACUGUAGUACGCAAGCGAUCUGCGCCUGUGUGCUGGAGAGAGGGGGAUGGGUCAUUGAGUUCAUUCGCACUACAGCAGAUCCGCUGUCUCUCUCGCUUCAGGAAUAUGUGUCAGAUGGAUGGCGAGGCGAAAAACAAGAGCUUUUAAAACAUGGUGCAUACGGUACGCGGCUCCGCGCUUCGCUUGACCUUUCAUCAGGACAAAGGAAGUCGAUGAGCCGCUCCUGCCGUUUCCAGGUCAGCCGAGGAGACUCGCCGGUGCUCGAUAAGCGGAAUAAUACCGAGCGAGGCGAUGAAGCGCCGUGAAUGAUUAUGGCCGAUAGUCACCGAAGGGACACGGACAGAGGCAGAGGCAGGAUGGCAUCAGGAUACUCGCAGCAGUACGCGAGCGGCAAAGCGUCAGACAUACAGGAGCUGGCGUCCAAGCGCGUGGACAUCCAGAAGAAGCGCUUCUACCUGGACGUGAAGCAGAGCACCCGCGGACGCUUCCUGAAGAUCGCCGAGGUGUGGAUCGGCCGAGGCCGGCACGACAACAUCCGCAAGAGCAAGCUCACCCUCUCCAUGUCCAUGGCGCCCGAUUUGCGCUACUGCCUGGGCAACUUCAUCGAUUAUUACGCGCACAUCGGGCUCCGAGGAUGCCAGGCGCCGGAGGGGCAGAGCAACGGCAAGGGACGCGCACCGGAGCCCCGCCGGAGAGCAGCGGAUCCGGCGGCGUCCCCCAGCGGCUCUGCCGCGUCCGAAGAGCAGACGCACCGGGUGCUGAAGAGCGAGUUCAUCGAGCGCGACAACAGGAAGUACUACCUGGACCUGAAGGAGAACCAGCGCGGCCGGUUCCUGCGCAUCCGGCAGACCGUCAACCGAGGACACGGGAGCAUGGGGUACUACGGGCAGGGCAUCGAGCAGACCAUCGUGCUGCCGGCGCAGGGCCUGAUCGAGUUCAGAGACGCGCUGUCGCAGUUAAUCGACGAAUACGGCGACGACGAGCCCUGCGCGCGGAACCACGACGCGUCGCCCGAGCUGCCCGAGGCGGCGUCGUUCCGCGUCGACAACAAGCGCUUUUACUUCGACGUAGGCUCGAACCGCUUCGGCGUCUUUCUGAAGAUCAGCGAGGUCCGGCAGCCCUACCGGAACACUAUCACCGUCCCGCUGAAAGCCUGGGCCCGCUUCGGGGAGAACUUCAUGCGGUACGAGGAGGAGAUGCGGCACAUCUUCACCUGCCAUAAAGAGAAGAGGACAGACACGGAGGAGCACGAGGAUUGACGCAAACUACUUCUGAUAUUACUGUUGUUAGUUGUGC